AUGGGGAACUGCCUGUUUUCUCAAGGAGCGGAUGAUUUGUCUUUGCUGAACGAGUCCGAGGGGGGAAGCCUGCCGGGAGAGCCGCCGCCGCCAUACCAGGAGCGCCCGCAGCCCGUACCUGUAUACCAUCCCACCCCCGGAGAGAGUCGCUUGGCCAGUCAGCUGAGCGAGGAAGAGCAGGUGCGCAUCGCGCAACGUAUCGGCCUUAUCCAUCACCUACCCAGAGGCAUAUUCGAUCCGGGCUCCGAUCCCUCAGACCGAAAAGUCAAAGAAUGUGUGAUCUGCAUGAUGGACUUCGAGUACGGCGACCCCAUCCGGUUUCUACCGUGCGUUCACAUCUAUCACAUGGACUGCAUCGACGCCUGGCUUAUGCGCUCCUUCACCUGCCCAUCCUGCAUGGAGCCCGUGGAUGCCGCUCUGCUUGCAACCUACGAAACUAACUGA